CGCACGACGUAAAACAAACCGUAACGUGACGUCGCGAGUCACGUGACCGCCAACGUCAUAUUUAAGUGAGCGGCGCGAAAAGACGAGUUGGUGAGCUGUUCUCCGUUUUUGUUCACAACUUGCGGCGUCAAACAUGAGUUUCUCUUCCAAAGUGAGACCCAGCCAAACCAAGUCCAAUGAAAACUCCAAAGUGAGCGUCAAAGGUUUUUCUCGCACGACAAAGUCUGGAAUGAGUUCUUCCAAGCCGGUGCUGCAGGUCCUCCAGCCCUUGGCGGUCAACAGAGAUUUGGCCGUUAAGGCGGAAAAGGCCGCCAUCCCCAAGCGGAAGCAGUGGCUCGCCGAGCAAAGCAGAGGCCCGAAAAAGGUGAAGGUGGAAGUCAAGUCGACGCAGACCGACGAGGUUUCCGCCGCCAACCAGGACCCGUCCGACCUCGCCUACCAGCUGAUGGUCCAAGAAACUCCUCCUCCCGCGUACUGGAAAGAUGUGGCGGAGGAGCGGCGCAAGGCUCUGUUCGACGUUCUGCAGGAGAACGAGAGGCUGCACAAAGACAUCGAGGCGAAAAACGAGCAGAUCUCCCGGCUGAAGAGCGACAACGACGAACUGCGCGAGCUGGCCGAGCACGUGGAGUACAUGGCCGACAUGAUCACGAGGCUGACCGGGAAGGGACCCGACAACCUGGAGGAGAUUAGGGGCCUCGCGCUGGACGAAUACGAGCAAGACGGUGGGAAUGAAGAUGAAGAUGAAAAUGAUGAGGAGGAAGAAGAAGAUUCAAAUGAAGACGCCGGGGAGGAGGAAGAAGAUUCAAACGAUGAAGACGACGAAGCUGAAGAUUGUCGUCAAAGUGAAACUGAGGAGCAAACGUCAGAUCACAACCAAGAGCAGCAGGAAUGAAGGACUCGUCGACUCCUGAAAUUCACAAAAUCGACGCGUUGAAACUUAUUUGGCAACAGGACGAAGAACUUCGCCUUCCUGAUGUUACGACGCAAAGCAAAUGACUUUUUUUUUUUUUUUUUUUUUUAACAGAAGUGAGGACUUGUUAAAUGUUUGGAAUUUUGCCGACUGAUACUUGAAUUUUUUUCAAGUUCUUUCCCCCCCACCCCCUGUGAAACUGUAUUUUUAAAAUAAACGUUUUACAUAA